UGCUAGUGCUCAUCUUCGCCCAAAAUAAUUGUUUCUUAUCUUUCCUUUCUUUCAAUUAUGAGCCUCAUACCUAAAUUCAUUACCUAGUACACGCUGAACCACAAUUAGAUUCCCGAAUUUAAAUAACCGGAACAAUUAUUUCUCAUUCUUAUGUAAUUUUUCCCGUUUGUAUUUCUUCUAAUUUCUUACCCAGUUGUGACAUCGUUCUACUUCAUUUCCUAGCCUGCCACUUUGCUUUACUUGCACCCUUCAGUUGUGGGGGGCUUGUAUAAAUCUACCAGCUUGGCCCCGAUGUUAAGAGACGUGCCUUAUGCCAUAUCUUACACUACAGCGUGACCUCGCCGGCUUGGGACUUGCCCUUUUAUCACCAAACAUACCAACUUGAUUCUAUCAUACUCUUACCGAAUGCGCCGCCAUUGUCUACCGGUCCCCAUAAUAAUCGACCCGAUCAGUCGCCGGCCUUAGACACGUCUGCCAUGAAGAGUCCACCGUGCAAAGUAACAUUAACAUCUGGAUACCCAUAGUGUUCGGUAUCGCGAGUUUCUAUCUGAGAAAUAAAUCCCAGAGGAAGUUUUCUAGUUGGACAGGCACUAUGGCAACAGUUCAACAGUUUCACCAGACUCCUACGCUGACCCGCCCACUUGGCAUCAAUGGCGCAACGCCGCCAGCCGCGGAAAUGGAUACGGACCGGGCCUCUCGACCGAAUGUUAUCAAAGGGACAAGGACCUCUAGUAGACUACAGAAGGGCGAUACCAGAACUGUCGUUAUAAUCUACGGGUCUGGACAAGAGAAUAUAGUCUCCGUCUUUGCGGAUGUGUUGGGGAAGCCGUACAAGAUAGCCGAUAGUUUUCAGGGUAUUACUUCUUUGGAACAGGAACUCGUCCUUGGCAUACCGAUGGAUAGCGCCAAGAUUGAUAUUACUUCGCGGAAUCGAGGUGCCGUGGUUGCGAUCAAUGCGCAUUGUGUGAACUUAGGGAUGCCACCAGAUCCUUAUAUAUCUGAAGAGUGCGACUACGAAUUCUUAUAUUCCGAAGUGUCUUCGUCUCGCCGGGAUUUGGCCCGGUUCAUCUCUUUCAUUCUCGGCCAGAUUAAUCAUCACGACUCACUCAUGUCAAAGCCACGCACUUACUUCAUUUCGACCACUUUUCCUGAUGUUCGCGCCGCGCUUCCUAACAUAGAUAUCCUCACAGUGGGUGCCGAUGCUGUAGAACUACGUGUCGAUCUACUCAAGGAACCCCUAGGCGACGGUAGUUUUGCGCCGGUGCCUAGUUUGAGCUAUGUCGGUGAACAAGUCAUGUUGCUGCGUCGGAGGACUGAGCUGCCGCUUAUAUUCACGACAAGAUGUGUAAGGGAGAAUGGUCGGUUUCCCAUGGGGAAUCCUGACUUAUACUAUGAGUAUCUUUUUCGGGCCGUUCAGUGGGGUGUUGAAUAUAUCGACGUUGAACUUUGGCUUCCAGAGCAUAUCCGUCGGAGACUAUGCGAGAAACGGGGAAGCAGUCGCAUCAUGUCAGCCUUUCACGAUUUCUCGGGCGCCUUCAAGUGGCAGUCUGCUCAAGCCGAGUCCGUCUUCGUUGAGUCCCGGAAAUACGCUGAUAUUGUGAAAAUGAUAGCGAUCAUUAGCGAUCGCAAUGAUAAUUUCGAACUGGAAUGUUUCCGCUCCAAGAUUCGAAGUGUAUAUCCAAAUUCUCCUCCCUUGUCGGCUGUUAACAUGGGAGAGAUAGGCCAGUUUUCGAGGACACUAAAUAAGGUCUUUACACCCAUCACUCAUCCGCUUCUUCCCAUCAUUGCUGCUCCAGGUCAGAUGAGCGCCGCAGAGAUCAACGCAGCCUUAUCGAUGUUUGGACAGCUUCCGAAGAAGAGCAUCUACGGAAUAAGCAGUCCGUUUGCCCGUAUCGCAACACCAUAUGCACCUUUCUACGAAAAAUGCUUUAACGAGCUCGGACUACCACAUCAGUUUGCCGUGGUUGAGAGACAACCGAAUGGUUCUGAUUGUGUAGAAGCCUUGUGCAAUCAGAAAUCCUUUGGGGGUGCCUAUCUAAGUCCACCAGUAUCUUUAUCUAGUCUUAUGCACAACAGCCUGUUCUUCUCGAGGUUUAACAACGGGUCGGGUCCAACGUUGACAGAAGCAGCCCGUACGAUUGGCAUGAUUGAUACCAUUGUUGUUCAACCUGGGCCAUCAACCUCGUCAGCUGCGGCAGCCACAACUCCUCCGAUUCCUAAUCAAAACUUUAGCACACCGUUCAACCUGGGGUCUAACAAUUCUCAUGGCUUGCCGCCAGGCUCCUCGCUGGUUUUCGAUAAUGCAAAUUGGCGAGGCAUUGUUAGCACUUUAACUCGCGAUCUUGCUCCAUCAGCUUACUUUGGACGUGUUGCCGUUGUUGCAGCUAGCAAUGCUGACAAUGCAGCUUCGACUAUUUAUGCGCUGAAAGCACUUCGGAUUAGCAAAGUGUAUACAGUCGGCUUCAAGAUGCCCCCUAACCUAAAUCAUGGCCUUGACGUUGAGCCCUUCAAUAGCUUAGAGAGCCUCCAGCGAGCAAGGAUGGUGAGGGACAAAGCAAGCCCGUUUGUUUUCGUAUCUGCUCUGGGACCAGAAAAAUCCAACAUUGUUGGGGUGCUUAUACGUGUUUUCGGGGGCUCACGCGGGUCUUCUACGAAUAUUCGCAAAGUUUUCUUGGACCUUGCUGAUGGGCCAAGAAAGGGGGAUCCAAGAGCCGUCGCAGAACAAAGUGGGUUCAUUACUUACGGCGUAGCGGAUACGACGGCUUUUACGACCGUGGAAACUCUGAGGUCGCUCGUGGGCCAGAAUGUACCGUAUAGCUUCGUACGACUAACGAGUGGCCAGGGAAUGUUCUAGAUAAGCGAUAUCAGUAUAUACCCCAAAGAGGAGUGGUUUGGGAUGUAUGAUGAGGAACUUGAUUUUACGCAAAUUGCCGGCCAUGUAAGAUGAGAUUAGGCACGUUCAAUGUUGGGCUAGACGAUCUAACAGAGAACACAUCUUGCAAAAUCAUAGCUAACGAAGGAGUUGAAAGUCCGAAUAGGGUUAAGAGUGACUUCCAAUACUCUGAAUCAUGGACACCUGCAUGCAACCUGCAUUGUUCUUACCCGCCUAGACGUGCUGGGGCGAUAUCUUGAAAUCAACAACCAAAGGAUCGGUACCUGGUACCUAGUACAGAGCCGCGGUGCCUUGCAAGGAUUGAUGUGCUCAUGCAACCCAGUUUCUCAACCGACCAGGGGUAAACGUUUCUACGUAACGACGAGACGUACGAACAAAGUUUGCC